AUGGAGCGAUUGCAGCACUGCCGCGACCUGGAGUCCAUGCUGAGUGCAGCCCUUGGUGUGGUGCAGCGUGGGGACGAGGAUCUCCACAAAGAGAUCAACGAGCGAGUGGAUGUGGUGGAGAGACACCAUUCGUCCGUCUCCAAGGAGCCGACCUGCAUUCAUCAAGCUCGUUUGCAGGUUAACAGCCUCACCGUCAAGAGUGCUGCACAUGAUGUGGACAUUGGGAAAGGCAGCGACGACUUGCGCAAGCUUGAGCGCCUCCGCGCCGAGGAUGCCAUCUACGAGGAGUUGGAUCAGAAGGUCUACGAAAAGAACUUUGCUUCAUUGGAGGAUAACGUCACAAAGCUGACGCGCGGCACUGUGAAGCUGUGCCAGGUCGUUGGAGUCUUCCCUGGUGCGCGCAUGAACGACGGCACAGAGGAAGAACUGGAUGUGGACGUCGAGCUGUUAAAUUGGGAGGACUGUGCGCAAAAUCUCGUCGGCCGCGUCGACAAGACGUGGAGACAGCUUUCUUCCCAGAAGUAUCGAAGCAUCUUGGACCUCGUGGGGAAGAAGGCGGAUCACUCUGUGCUGCGGCUACUGCAGAUCUCGCAGCAGCACAUCGAGAGCCAGCUGGAUCGUGUGCGGCACGAGCGAGAGCUUUGGAAAGAGGUGGUCGAUAAGCGGGCGCAGCAGCCUCUGCAGUUAGCCCUGACGCUGAAGGAUCCCCACACUGGGCAGACGAUCCCCGCACCCCAAGGCUACAGCAUGCCUGGGGGAGUCACACCUCCGGGAGGCAUGGCGAUGAAUCCCCGGCCUAUACCGUGUGGUGGGAUGGGAGAGCCCAUUCUUCCUGCUCCUCCUGGGAUGGUGAUUCCAGAUGCUACGAGCAGUGCAUCGCUAAAGGCCUCCCCGUUGGCAAAGCGAAUUGCGCGGCCGCCCCCCUCCGGUGCCAAAGCGUAG